ACUUCGCUUCAGUCACUGUACAGAAACCAACCGGGAAUAGUCCCAACUUGCCAAGCCUGUAACAGGAAUAAUGUUUUGUGCUGUGAUUCUGGUUUAAUCUACAUUUCUACAUGGAAUGUCUUUGCUGAGCUCGUGGCUGACUCAUCUUACCUGGAUUUGCCUGAAACCAUGAAAUAUCAGGUUUCUUCUGGUGAUAAAGCUUGAAACGGAUGGCUGGAGACAGAAUAUCCUUUGUGGUUUAUGUCCUACUGCUGUGCCUGGUAACAGGCUAUGGAGUUUCAGGGACUAUCCUACAGGGACCAAGUGAUCUCACGUUACUCAGUGGUUCCAAUGCCACCUUUCAGUGCACCGUAGCACCAUCAUGGACAUCCCUCACGUGGAUUUAUCAGAAUGUUCAGAUUGUCAUCAUAAGUCCAAGAGAGGUCAAAGUUGACCCAAAUCAGAAUCUUGUUGUGCAAAACUUCACAAAUGCUGUCACAGGAGACUUUACUUCUAUAGUUACUUUUAUCAAUGUCAAGAAAAGUAACAGUGGACUAAUACAAUGCUACAGUCUAUCAUCCCUGAGUAAAGAGGCCAAUCUAUCUGUACAGGUUAAUGGAUCCUUGGACAUAGCCAAAAGAAGUCUCACGGUCAUCACAAAUUCCACUGUAGAUAUUUCAUGUAGAGCUGCAGGAUGGUUCCCCAUUCCGAAAAUAACAUGGACACUAAACCAUACAGUAGUAAAUUCUUCAGAAUAUACAACCACAUCUACAGCGACACAAGGCGACCUUUACAAUGUCAACAGUACUUUAAAACUAACUCUCCUCGGCAACACCAGCGUGACGUGCAUUGCCAGGAUAGAAGCAACAGAACAAAGUUCCACUGUGAAUAUUACAGCGACUGUUGCAGGUUCCAGAACAUUUGAUAAUACGGCCAUCAUCAUUGCUGCUACUGUUUCAGUGGGUUGCUUUCUGCUCAUCGUGCUCAUCAUCAUCGUGGUUCUAGUCUGUUGCCGUAAAGAGAAGCAGAGAGAAAUGAGUUACCAGAGCACUGCAUGGGCAGCUUCAGCAAAGACUUCCAGUGACCUGAGCUAUAAGCACAAUUACAACUAUGAUCCGGACUUUUCAGAAGUGCAACGUCCUUUACCAAGUCUUCCUUCUGUAACAAAUAGCACAGUAUCUCACCCAUAUGAAGUUCAUUUGGACACAGACUACUCACAGGUUCCGGGACAGAGGUGGAAUGACACAUUCCUCAAAAAGAUAAGACAUGUCACACAUGUAUAGCUGACCUUCCCGUUGAUGAUGAUGUAGAUCUCCACUACGUGGGACAAAGAAUUGAGGGUCAUAUAUACAUAUUCAUAUAAACCAGGGAUGAAGAUCCAGGUUCUUUGUUCUGGAACAUCAACAGAACACCGGUAAACUGUUCAGCAUUACCUCAAUGAGCCGACAGGAGGAUACAGGCAAAAUAUGGAACCUGAUCUAUGGGAGUGGGGGGUUCUGCUUUAAUCAGUCUCUAACCACUAUACCAAACUGGUUAAAAUAGAUAUGGGGUGCAUAUUACCAAGAAGUACCUUUCUAACUUGAUGAUGCAAUGCAGGACUACUAAACAGAAUGCCUAUUGAGGACUAAACAGAAUUGAAUGGUCUGUUGUUUGUAAGAAAAUAUCUAAUUGGUUGCUAUAGGCUACUUUUCUUAAAACUAGCAUAAUGUUAUUUUGAGAAGUGAAUAAAAAAUGUCCACUAA